AAAGAAAUUAGUGGCAUUUAAUAUUAUUCUAUUGUAUAGAAUAUUCAUUCUAUGCCUGUAGUUUUUACGUCCUCGCUAAUACUAUAUACAAGAAAUGCAAUCACUAGGACUAACAUGGAGGAAACUAGCAACAUGUGUUCGUCAUUCUGAACCUACUUCACAUUUUAAGAGACUAAUGAAGGUAGCAUUUAGUGAUAAUUAUUUGUUCUACACAAAUGUUACUAUAUCAAUGGGUCUGUCAUCUUUAGGCGACAUAUUUGAGCAAAAGUAUGAAAUUUAUAUUAAACAGCAAGAAAAAUUUGAUGGCAUACGGACUCUGCAUAUGGCUUUUUCUGGUAUAGCAGUGGGUGUAUUGUGUCAUAAUUGGUACAAAAUUCUAGAUAAGUUCAUUGUAGGAAAAUCUUUAGGUAUGGUAAGUAAGAAAUUGUUUCUCGAUCAAAUUGUAUUUUCACCUAUCAUGAUUGUCACAUUCUUUGGUAGUCUAGCUUUAUUUGAAGAGAAUCCACUGGAGAAUUUUAAAGAGGAAGUUAAAGAUAAAUUUGUAACACUCUACAGAGCCGAAUGGAUGGUUUGGCCACCUGCUCAAGUUAUAAACUUUUAUUUCCUGCCAACUAGGUAUAGAGUACUGUAUGAUAAUACGAUAUCAUUAGGCUAUGAUGUUUAUACCUCACAAGUUAAACAUAGUAAAAGCCUAAAAUCUAUUCCAAAAGAAUCUAAAAGUAUAUCAUGCUGACAAUAAAUUUAGUGUAAUGUAGUCAAAUUUAUUGGUAAGCAUAUCUGUGCAUAGCAAUCUAUUUUAGUAAAUUAUUCCACAUUGAGGAAUGAAAUAUGAAUUUUAUAAUAUCAAGAAAAAGUACUUAAAAUUAUACACAUAACUUAAAAAUGAAGUACUUACAUAUUGAAAUUAGUCUUGUACUAUAAUUUUAUUUAUGGACCAAUUUGUUGUCUAAUUUCUAGAGUAUUAUGAAUAAUUUAUAUGCAUUAUGUAUAUACUUAUUUAAUUUUAUAUUUAUUAGUGGUAUGUUUGACUGGGCACAUGUGUAGCUAACAUGCCAACCACACGGGUAAUAUCAUGCACCAAUUUAUUUUUAUUAUUUCUAUUAUAAUAAAGUAAAAGUGCUGUGAUAAUAGUGAUUAACAAAUUGACUUAAUAGUUAUGAAUAAUACGUUGAAUAUUAAUAAAAUAUAUUGUUAUUUAUUGCAUGUAUAAUAAGUAUG